GCAUUGGACUUCCAGCAGGAAGCGCGGGAUCUUCGAGGGACCCUAGCGCGUGUCCGAACAGCCCUGGACCAGUCGAGACGUGAGCGGGAUCACUGGAAGCAGCAGAGUUUAGAGGCGACUCAGCACUGCUCAGAAAUGGAUGAGCGAAUCGCUGA